AUGUCUUUGGCGUUUAGAGGUUUGAGAUCCUACAGAGGGAUUGGGCUUAGAGGCCUUUCGACCACCACCAAGGUGAUGUCGUCGUACCAACACCCGGACUUUUCCAACUACCUUAGCAAGGACGAAGGCAAGAACAAAGCUUUCACCUACGUCAUGGUUGGUUCCAUGGGUUUGUUGAGUGCCGCCGGUGCCAAGUCGACCGUCGAAGCUUUCCUUUCCUCGUUUGCUGCUUCGGCCGAUGUGUUGGCCAUGGCUAAGGUCGAAGUCAAGUUGGGUGCUAUCCCUUUGGGCAAGAACGUUAUUGUCAAGUGGCAAGGUAAGCCUGUGUUCAUCAGACACAGAACUCCCGAAGAAAUUGAAGAAGCCAACGACGUUGACAUCAAGUCUUUGAGAGACCCGCAAACUGACGCCGAUAGAGUGAAGAAGCCUGAAUGGUUGGUCAUGAUCGGUAUCUGCACCCACUUGGGUUGUGUGCCUAUCGGUGAAGCCGGUGACUUCGGCGGUUGGUUCUGCCCCUGUCACGGUUCCCACUAUGACAUCUCUGGUAGAAUCAGAAAGGGUCCUGCUCCGUUGAACUUGGAAAUCCCCGCUUACGACUUCACCGACGACGAAACCUUGUUGGUCGGGUAA